AUGGCGGCCUGUUCGCUACGAUGGUGUCGUUUCCGCGCGUUGGUACUUCUGAUUGCUGUGAAAACAGCACUGUCCCUGGAUGUGCGAGGGAAACCUGCCGAACAGAGCUCCACUGCUCCGGAGGAAAACGGCCUUAGUUUUGAGGCAGGGAAGGCUGUGGAUGGAGACUUUCACAGUUCUUCUAAAACGGCGGAAAUGCUCAAUCCGUGGUGGCGAUUGGACUUGGAGGCUGUUUACUGCUUGAGGAAAAUUACUAUCAUCAAGGGAGUCGGUUUGAACGGCGCUGAAGUACGUGCUGGGUUGAGUCCAGAUCGUUUACCCAACACAUUGAUAGGAACAGUCGGCGGACAGCAAGUUACCACCAUAACAGCUGACCCUGUGGUCACUGCUCGCUAUGUGAGCAUAGACCUCCCCGGCGACAAUAAAAUCAUUAACAUGGCGGAAGUCACGGUUGAAAAAUUCGUGGAUGAAGAAGCUCUCGCCUCAACUUGUGAGUAA